CUCAGCUUGCAGCGUUACGCAAUAACUUUGCAAUACAAACCGGGUAAAGAGCUAUUCCUAGCGGACGCGUUAUCGCGGUUUCCUAAUAAGAUGGCACUGCAAGAAGAAACCGAGCAGUUUCAAGUGAAUGUGCUUGACUAUGUUUCAGCGUCGGAACACCGCUUGAAAACCUUGCGGGAUGCGACAAACGAGGAUCCGGCACUGAUCAUCAUCCGUGAAUACGCAGAGACGGCGUGGCCGGAGCACAAGCAUGGUGUCCCAGAGCCGGGAAGGCCAUACUGGACCUACAGGGAAGAAGUUCACGCACAAGAUGGGCUAGUCUUCCGAAGCAACAAGAGGCUCAUGGGGCGGCAGACCCGGACCCUCCUGCCGGUACCAACAAUUCACCUGGAGCCAGAGGCCAUACCCAGCAAGGAGGUCCACGACCGUCUCCAGACGAUCCGGCGCCGGCAAAAGAUCCACUACGACCGCAGCGCCAGGAACCUUUCCCCGCUGACGCCGGGACAACGCGUAACGACGUACGACACUCUCCAGAGAACCUGGGCUCCAGCUAUUGUUCUAAGGCCAGCCGCAACGCCAAGAUCUACGAUUGUGAAGACCGAAGACGGCCAUGAAAUCCGUCGCACAAGAGAACACCUGCGGGAGGCAGCACCUCAACCGGAGCCAGAAUCAACCUCGCAGGGGCCUUCAGAAGUCUACCUCCAGCCUGGGCAACAGCAGUUACGCAGGAGCACAAGAUUACGUCGGGAACCCUGUCGAUACCCGUUGCCAGAUGAAACUUCUAGACCUUAUCAUCAUUAAAGGGGAGAUGUGGCCAUAUCACGCUGUCAUUCUGAUAGCGCCCAGACUGUUAACAUGUGACGCCUACGUCACCCCUUUCCAAGUGUACUUAUAUCGCUCCCUCCCAUGAAUAAACGCCUUUCGUUACCGGA